AUGUCACACUCAUCAUUCACGGCGAUGCAGCUUUCUCACGCAUCUGGCUCCUCCUCUUCUCAAUCUCACUCGCAUUCGCAUUCGCAUCACCAUCACUCGGCACCAAUACCGACAGCAUCACUUGUCGAGCCUCCAGCUUUGUUCGCCUCUGUCGCACCGCAGAUCUAUCGCUCAGCCACGCCCAACCCUUCGAACCAUUUGUUCCUACGCACACUCCAACUUCGUACCAUUCUAUCGCUCACUGCAGAACUUCCCUCACCAAGCCUAACCGCAUUCUGCCAAAAGAACGACAUUGCCUUCCUCCAUUUCGGACUCAAACGGUGGAGCACGUCCGAUCUGCUCACCUCUCAUCCAUCCACCACAUCAGAUCAACCCUUAGACACUCAUUUAGAUCUCUCGUUCCUACACACGACCCAGCCAUCCCACCUGUCCACCUUGACUCCUCUCUCGUCUUCUUCGCCUACUCUCACGGAAGAACUCGUCAAGGACAGCCUUCAGAUCCUCCUCUCCGCAAAAUACCAUCCCAUACUUGUCACAGACACGUCUGGUAUACACGAAAUCGGCGUUCUGCUGGGAUGCCUACGCAAGUUGCAGAGGUGGAACUUUGCUACAAUCCUGUUGGAGUACAGACAUUUUGCGGGUAACAGGGCGAGAGCGACCAACGAAAGGUUUGUAGAGAUGUUUGACACGGAUCUCAUCACGGUAGAUGCGGAGGAGGCGCCAGAGUGGUUCAAUGAACAGCUGGAAAGGGACAACAAAGAGUUGGAGGCUGCAGAGGAGGUCAGUGAUGCCCAGUUGAUCUGA